GACCGGGAAUUAAGGUUAUUGAACCGAGGAGUGUCAGGCACGCAGGAGAGAAGGGGAGGAAAAACAAGCCAUCUCCGUGAACGCGGGAGCAUAUGGUUUAGCGAGCGGCGGCCAGCUGCUUUCCAGCCAUCCCGCUAAUCACGCUACAGCUGAUACAAGUUGCUCCGGUGACGGUGACAGGUUUGGACGGAUCUUACGUGCCGUGGUCGCGUAUCUAUUCACCGUGCCAGACUAUACAAAACAAUAAGCAAAAAAAAAUAAAAAAUACCGAGCCAGUCUCCGGUGGAUACAAAGAAGCAGUUGUGUUGAGUUAGAGGCGCUCUGGGCAAAUCAUUGCUCAGGAGAGGAGCUAACCUUUGUUGCCCCAACAGGCAACAGCCACAGGGAGGCUAAAGGAGAUGCUUGGCUGUCAUCUCUUAGGAAAAUACUUGUGACACAUGUUGUUGGUGAGCACCAGACCUUGGCUUGGUGUUUUCAAGGCUUUUUGACAAGUAAAGGAGUGGGAGUGCUCUGAGAAGCUGCAUUCCCAGACCCCUUUCACGUCCAUACAAUUACCAGUCAGGGUCACUGGGAGAGGGAAAGGAGAGGAUUGCAUUUGUGGAUUUACUGUCAGCCUGCUUGGAAGUUUUUUCCCGUGUGGAUAUCUGACAAUUUAAAACACCCACAUCCUAACACACAAAUUUCUGGCUAAGGUACAUCUCACACACAUACAUGCCAAAAGCGCACUGACGCACAGUUACAAACACAUUAUCACCACCCACCUAAAACCACACACAUGUUUGCACUGUAAGUAUAAACCAAUUCACAACACACACACACACACACACACACACACACACACACACACACACACACUUAGUCACAGAUUUAAAGCCCAUUAGUUUUUUUCCUAGUGGACAGCAGAAUGGAGGUCGUGUGGACAGGUGGGGGGCUGUAGGAGUCCAACAUCCCUGUCCCUUUCUCCAAAUGGAUGUUAUUAUCUCUAAAAAUGUGUUGCUUGGAAACCGCUGAAAGCUUGCUGCUGCGAUUCUCUGACAGAAACGGUCACCGGGUCCUCGCCACGGUGCACAGCUGGAACCGCAGCUGAAACAGCGGCCAUUACGAGUCUUUUUUUUGGGGUGCUUUUUUCUUUUAUCUUCAUCUUCAUCCUCUGCUCUACCCCGCCGCCAUCAUUUUUUCCAACGGGUCUUUGGGCACCCCUCGUCGCCCUCCUCGUCCCGUCAUCUCCUCCACCCUGGAGGGGAGGGGGUCAAUGGAGUGGAGCAUGAGCGGGUGCCACUAUCCCUCGCCACCGCCACAGGAGCAGGACCGCAGGUACCAACACAAGGUGUCCCUGGUGGUGCGCUACUUCAUGAUCCCCUGCAACAUCUGUCUGAUCCUGCUGGCCACAUCUACACUGGGCUUCGCGGUGCUCCUGUUCCUCAACAAUUACAAACCUCCUCACUUCACUCCAGCCCAGCCUCCUGAUGGUUGCAGAGGGAUGUUGUGUGGCUUCGGCGCUGUAUGUGAGCGUGACCAGACUGACCCGGCCAAGGCUGAGUGUGUUUGCAAGAGAGUGGAUUGCCCGUCCUUGGUGGCGCCUGUUUGCGGCUCGGAUUCGUCCACCUACUCCAACGAGUGCGAGCUGGAGAAAGCCCAGUGCAACUCACAGAGACGAAUUAAGGUUCUGCGCAAGGGGCCCUGCUCUCGGAAGGACCCCUGCACCGACGUGGCCUGCAGCUACGGCAGCACCUGCGUCCAGUCGUCGGAUGGCUUGUCGGCUAAAUGCAUGUGCCCCCUCGGCUGCGAGGGCAAGCGCGAGCAGACGGUGUGCGGCAGUGAUGGAAAGGACUACCGCAACGAGUGUGAGCUCCAUCAGCACGCCUGCAAGAACCAGAGGAACAUACGGGUGCAAUACCAAGGGCACUGCGACCCAUGCAAAGACAAUGAGAACAGCCUGAACACCUUGUGCCGGGUGGAGGCUCUCACCCGCCAGCCCCUCAUCUUCAGCCUGCCGAAUUCGUGCCCCCUGGGUAAUGAGCCUCUGUGUGCCAGCGAUGGCCAAACCUACCCCAGCAAGUGCGCCAUGGAAGCAACAGGAGCACAGAAAGGGAUCAAGCUCACGAAGAUCCACGCAGGACAAUGCAGAAGGCUGGAGCACUGUCAGGAGGAGUGUCUCUUCAACGCAGUGUGUCUCGUGGAACAGCUGAACGCCCGUUGCUCCUGCGAUCCCAUCGAGUGUGACGGCACCUACAAGCCCGUGUGCGGCAAGGACGCCCACACCUACACCAACGACUGUACUCGACGCAAGGCGGAGUGUCUGACCAAGACCCUCAUCUCCAUCAAGCACCAGGGGCCCUGUGAUCUCAGCAUACCGAGCCCCUGCCUGGAUAAGGUGUGCGAGCAUGGGGCGGUGUGCGUGGUCAAGAACAACGAGCCGGUGUGCGAGUGCCCUGAGGCCUGCCCGCAAACGUCUGACCCAGUGUGCGGAUCCGACGGCCACAGCUACGGCAGCCCCUGUGAGAUGCGAGCGAUGGGCUGUGCCCUGCAGAAGGCCAUUCACAUCCAACACAAAGGACCCUGUGAUGAGUCUUGUGCCAAUUGCUCUUUCGGGGCAAUCUGUGAUGCCCAGAGCGGGCAGUGUGUGUGUGCAUCGGAGUGUGUGGAGUCCAACCAGCCUGUGUGUGGCAGCGAUGGCAGCACCUACAACAGCGAGUGUGAGCUGCACGUGCGGGCCUGCAAACAACAGAUGGACCUCCGAGUGGUCAGCCAGGGAGAGUGCAAAACAUGUGGCAGCACUGUCUGUGCCUGGGGUGCCCGGUGUGUCCAGAAUAAGUGUGAGUGCCCACAGUGCUCAGGCGAGGCCUUCUCCCCAGUGUGUGGAAGUGAUGGCACCACCUAUAACAAUGAGUGUGAACUCCGCACGUCCACCUGCAUGCAGAAGAGGAGAAUUGAUGUGGCGAAGCCCGGCAGCUGUGAUGAAGACUGUGGCUCAGGAGGCUCAGGCUCAGGCGUGGAGAGCUGUGAACAGGACCGCUGUCGCACGUUUGGAGGCUCGUGGGACGAGGAUGCAGAGGACGACCGUUGUGUCUGUGACUUCAGCUGCCAAAGUGUGCCUCACAACCCGGUUUGUGGCUCAGAUGGAAAAAACUACAGCAACGAGUGCCAGCUGAAGAAGGCCAGAUGUGAGAAACAAGAGCACUUGCUGAUUCAGAAUCAGGGACCCUGUGCAGCGAUUUCAGCCACAUCUCUGCCUGAGCUGACGCCACCCCAGCACUGCAGCCUGUCUGUGUACGGCUGCUGCCACGACAACGUGACGGCCGCCUUGGGAGUCGGACUGGCAGGAUGUCCCAGUACCUGUCAGUGUAAUGUCUACGGCUCCUACAAGGGGACGUGUGAUCCAGCCUCCGGCCAGUGCUCCUGUAAGCCGGGAGUCGGGGGACAGAAGUGUGACCGCUGCGAGCCGGGUUUCUGGAACUUCCGUGGCAUUGUGACAGAGAACAUGAGUGGCUGCACGCCGUGUAACUGCGACGCCAGAGGCUCGGUCCGGGACGACUGCGAGCAGAUGUCGGGCCUGUGUUCCUGCAAGACGGGAGUGAAGGGCAUGAAGUGCAACGUGUGUCCAGAUGGAAGCAAGAUGGGCAUGAACGGCUGCGACAAAGGUCCUGAGGCCCCGACUUCAUGUGAAGAGUUAGUGUGCAGCUUUGGAGCUACUUGCAUUGAGGUGAACGACCAAGCCCACUGCGAGUGCCCUUCACCUGACUGCGAUGAGAAAAACAAAACCAAGGUGUGUGGCUCAGAUGGGGUGACCUAUGCCGACCAGUGCCAGCUGAGGACCAUAGCCUGUAGGCAGGACAAGGACAUCACAGUGCAACACUUUGGACAGUGCACAGAAACCAUCUCUGAGCCGGCCGACCGGCCCACCCCAAACCCCUCAGCCACCACCCACAGCCCAACCGCUGCCGCCACCAUCACCACCCCCGCCCCUUUCCACCCUGACAUGGUGUGGGCCAUCCCGCCUCCACAGACGGAAGAGACCGAUACCACAGAGCGGCCCCCGACCACCACCCCUUUUUCCACCCUCAUCCACAACCAAGCAAACCGCCGCCACCCCAACCACAUCCAGCCUCCGCCGCCGAAGUCCACCGCUGCCACCACCACCUCCUCCUCCUCCUCCCAUAGCAGCCCUGCUCCGUCCGCCGCUGCGUCCUCCUUCGACGGUUCGGGAAGCGGGGAGCCGAGUGGGGACGACCAGACCGAAGAAGAGGAGGAAGAGGAAGCGGGUAGCGGCAUCCCAACAGAGGCCAGUGGGGCAGAGGAGCCUGUCGGUCCCACGCUGGCAAGCACCACUAUACCCACAGCUGAGGACAGGUCAUCCUGUGAAAACACGGAUUUCGGCUGCUGCCCCGACGGCAAGACACCGUCCAGCACUCCAGAGGGCGCCAACUGCCCCUCCACCAUGAGGUUCAGCGGUUUCCUGCACUUGGACCAGGUGGAGGGCCAGGAGAUUUUCUACACCCCCGAGAUGGAGGACCCCAAGUCGGAGCUGUUUGGAGAGACGGCCCGCAGCAUAGAGAGUGCUCUCAAUGAGUUAUUCAGGAAGUCGGAGGUGCACAAAGACUUUAUGAGCGUUCGUGUCCGGAACCUGGCGCCCAGCAACUCCAUCCUGGCCUUUGUGGAGGCCCAUUUCAAACCAGAUACAAGAUACACGGUGGAGGACAUCGAAGGAGCCCUGCUGAAACAGCUGAAGGCCUCUAAAGAGACCAGCAUCGCCGUGAAGAAGCCGGAGGACGAGAAUAUACGCUUCACCAAUUAUGGCCUCUCCUCCCCCUUCUUCACCACCACUACCACCACCACCACGUCAGUCACCACAGCUGCUCCCACCACCACCACCACCACCACCACCACCACCAGGCCUCCAACAACAUCCCCGUACAUCACCCGUCGCCCACCAGGCACUACCCGCAGGCCUUCCAAUGGCAGACGUACCACCACAGCCUCCGCGCCGGUCACCACACCACGACCCACCACCACCACGGCAGCCGUCACCACCACGGCCCUGCCUCCAGCCACCACCAUUGCCCAUGUUAGGGAGAAGCUUCACCACAAGGCCCAGAAGCCUUGCGGCUCCCACCCCUGCCUCCACGGGGGCACCUGCGAGGAUGACGGCAGUGACUUCAGCUGCAAGUGCCCCGCAGGGCGAGGAGGCUCCGUGUGUGAGAAGGUGAUCAAGUACUUCAUCCCGUCCUUUGGAGGCCAAUCAUACUUGGCUUUCCCAACCAUGAGUGCCUAUCACACGGUCCGCAUCGCCAUGGAGUUCAGAGCAUCCGACAUGACCGGCAUCCUGCUCUACAAUGGCCAGGAAGGCAAGAAGGACUUCAUCUCUCUGGCUCUGGUUAACGGCAAGGUGGAGCUCAGGUUCAACACAGGUUCGGGCACAGGCACAGUGGUGAGCAAAGUACAAAUAAAUCAGGGCCGCUGGCAUCACCUGGUAGUGACUCGCAACCGGCGCAACGCCAUGCUCAGCGUGGACAACGAGCCGCACAUCGAGGGCGAGAGUCCACGCGGCACAGACGGCCUCAACCUCGACACCGACCUGUUCAUUGGGGGAGUGCUCGAGGAAAUGAAGCAAGAUGUGAGGGAAAGGACCGCGGUGGCCACAGGUCUGGUGGGCUGCAUUCGCUUGCUGGAUGUCAACAACAGGGUGCUCAACCUGCAGGAGAGCGAGGGUGACAGUCUGUACGGCAGCGGCGUUGGCGAAUGUGGCAACAACCCCUGCCAGCCAAAUCCUUGCAAUAACGGCGCUGCAUGCCAGGUCAAGGAGGCAGAGAUGUUCCACUGCAAGUGCAGCAAAGGAUUCUGGGGUCCAACUUGUGCUGAUGUCCAUGACCCAUGCGAGCCCAACAGGUGCCAUCCAUCCUCCCAGUGCCAGGCGCUGCCCGAGGGAGGAUACAAAUGCGAGUGUCCCAUGGGACGUGAAGGGAGGCAUUGCGAGAAAGUGGCUGAGAGGAGAGGGGCUUACAUGCCGCUAUUUAACGGAGACUCUUACCUGGAGCUGAAGGGGCUCCAUCUCUACGGGCAUGAUCUGCGUCAAAAGGUCAGCAUGACAGUGAUUCUAAUGGCCAAUGACUCCAACGGUUUGAUCUUCUACAACGGCCAAAAAUCGGACGGAAAAGGAGACUUCAUCUCUCUGUCCCUCAAUAAUGGCAUCCUGGAGUUCCGCUACGACCUGGGGAAGGGACCCGCUACCAUCAGGAGUAAGGAAGCAAUCCAGCUAAACGUGUGGAACACCAUUGACCUGGAGCGCUCCAACCGCAAAGGAGAGAUCAUGGUGAACAAGAAGGACCCUGUCCGAGGAGAGGCACCAAACCUGCACGUAGAUCUUAACCUGAAAGAGUCUCUUUUUGUUGGCGGAGCUCCCGAUUACAGCCGACUAGCAAGAGUUGCUGCACUCACUGAAGGCUUCAAGGGAACAAUCCAGAAGAUCAUUCUGAUGGGUACCACCAUCCUCAGAGAGGAGAACGCCCUGCGCUCCAGCAACAUAGCCAUGUUCCAGGACCACCCGUGUUCCCAGGAGCCCUGCCACAACGGCGGCCGCUGCAACCCUACGCUGGACGCCUACGAGUGCGCUUGCCUCAGCGGUUUCUCAGGGGGACGCUGUCAGAACACCAUCUACGAGAAGUCUGCCGGAGAGACCGAGGCCAUUGCCUUUGACGGGCGGACGUUCAUCGAGUACCACAACGCUGUUACAAAGAGUGAGAAGGCUCUGCUGGUGAACAAAUUUGAGCUGAGCAUCCGGACGGAGGCAACCCAGGGCCUGGUGCUGUGGAGCGGGAAGGACGUGGAGCGCUCUGACUACAUUGCCCUGGCCAUUGUGAACGGACACGUCCAGAUGACAUACGACUUGGGUUCCAAGCCCGUGGUGCUGCGCUCCUCGGUGCGCGUCGACACCAACCGCUGGAUACGCAUCAAGGCCAGCAGAGCACUUAGAGACGGCUCUCUACAGGUUGGCAAUGAGGCAGCGGUAACAGGGUCGUCGCCUUUGGCAGCAACGCAGCUGGACACAGACGGAGCACUGUGGUUGGGUGGCCUAGAGGAGCUGGCGGUGGCCCGUCGGUUGCCCAAGGCAUACAGUACCGGCUUUGUUGGCUGCGUCAAGGACGUGGUGGUGGACGGCGUGGAGCUCCACCUGGUGGAAGACGCCUUAAACAGCCCCAGAAUAUUACACUGUUCCGCCGCCAAAUAACCCAGCAGAGACAAAAUAUUAGGAAAAACGGAAAAAAAGAAACCCUCCCACUCGCUCCCUCCAUAGCGCCCAUGUCUCCUGCUGUAAUUAUUUUCUAUUUUUGUAUACUUUUCAUCGCUUUUCUAUGGAAAGAAAAUGAAUAUGUUGUUUUAAUUUUUGUUUUAUAUAUUUUGUUCUUUUUUUUUAUCUGCACCUCCAUAAACAGAACACACUUUGUUUUUUCUUUACUGCCAUGGUCCUUCAUCUUUUUUUCAAAAAGCAGGCAUCUCUAUGAAAAAGAGAUAUUUUUAUUCCUCUCAGUUUUGUUGUUUAAAACAAAUGCCAACUUAAAAAAGAAAAAGAAGCCUGCUCCUUUUCCUCGCUCAUUACUUGAACACUAAUGAUCUCUGGUUACUGCAUUGUCUUGGUGCCAUAUCUGUUGUCCACAUUCCCCAAGCAUGGCUGAUACAUCUGUGAGUACAUACAUUCCUC